AUGUCGCAAGCACUCGUGUCCUUGGUCGGCAAGCGCAUGCUGGCUGAAAAUGUCAAGAACAAGUUUGGAACCGAGGACCCCUACUUCGAAGAAGUACCUGCGUCACGCCUCGGCCGUGCCUUUGGCAAGAAAACCACUAAGCGCCGCAAGGCCAUUCCCCCGGGAAUAUCAGAGCAGGAUGCCAAAAUCCUCACUCGAGUUAAGCGCCGAGCCUACCAACUAGACUACGCCCUCUUCAACUUGUGCGGUAUCCGCUUCGGUUGGGGCAGUGUGAUCGGCAUCAUCCCAUUUAUCGGUGACGCAGGCGACGCAGCACUUGCCAUGAUGGUCGUGAGAAACUGUCAAGAGAUCGAAGGUGGCCUCCCUUCAUCCUUGCGCAUGAUGAUGAUCAUAAAUGUUAUUAUCGACUUUUUCAUCGGUCUGGUUCCUUUCAUCGGUGACCUUGCAGAUGCAGUUUUUAAAUGCAACACCAGAAACGCGAUCCUUCUCGAGAAGCAUCUCCGUGAAAAGGGUGCGAAGAAGGUCAAGAAACAACACAGGCAGCCGUCAACACAUGGUCGUGUGGAGGAGAUCCAAGAGGACACGGUCGAUCAUAGCCUUCCGGACGAGUGGGACAAGCAGGAAAGCGGUGUCGUGAACAGUUCGCCUCCCGAAUAUCGGGAGCAUAGAGCAUCAGGCGGUCGACGGGGAGAGGGUCCUGAGCCUCGGCAGACCCAACAACAGCCUCGACCCAACCGUGGUUUUUCCAAGUGGUUCGGCGGUGCCGGUCGUCCAGAGGGGGACCUGGAGCAAGGCAGAUGA